AUGGCUUCUGCAUUUACAGUACGCAAAGGAAUGACUCGUAUACUUGAAGGAAUUAUGAAAUAUCGUCAUGCAUUAAGACCAUCACUUUUAGAAGAAUUUAAAAAAGUUGCACUUGGACCUUCUCCUGAAGGACUUCUUUUAACAUGUGUUGAUACUCGUGUUGUUGCAUCUCGUUUAACUCAGGCUGUACCAGGUCAAUUAUUUUUUGUUCGAAAUCCUGGUAAUAUAGUUCCUCCUUAUGAAUAUUAUAAUAAUAAUUCAUUAGUUGGUGGUGAAUGUGCCGCAUUAGAAUUAGCAUGCUCAAGAAAUAAUGUACCGGUAAUCGCUGUAUUUGGUCAUUCAGAUUGUAAAGCAAUGAAUUUAUUAUAUAGAAUUCGUAACGAAAUAUCUACACCAUCUAAUAGUCCACUUGAACAAUGGCUUAAAGUUCAUGCUCGAGGAACAGUUGAACAAUUUAAAAAAUUAGAAUCUUCAGGAGAUUAUAAACGUAAACUUAUAUUUGCUAGUGCACAACAUCAUGAAGAUGAUUUUGAAGCAUAUAUUGAUCCUAAUGAUGAAUUUAAACAUUCAGACAAAUUAUCUCAAGUUAAUACAUUGGAACAAUUGAGACAUUUUUUAUCAUAUCCAUUUUUACGAGAACGUCUUAAUCGAAAAGAAUUACAAGUGCAUGCGUUAUGGACCGAUAUAUACAAUGGAGAAGUAUAUAUGUUCUCAUUUAAAGAAAAACGUUUUGUAAAAAUUGAUGACGAUACUUAUGCAAAACUCACACAUGAAUGUAUCUAGUCUAAUUAUAUUCUCACAAACAAUACAUUUUCUUUUUGUUGUCUUGUAUCUCAAUAAUUAUAUAUCUAUAUAUUUAUUUAUUAGUAUUCAUGUAGUAAAAAUAAAUAAAUAAAACUAUAGUUUAGAUGUACUACUUAUUUCUUUGUAUUACACUUAUUUUUAUAGUCUAAUUAAAGGUAUAUUGUAAAAGAACAUUUUAAUCUUAACAAUAAAAUAUUUAUCAUGAUGUUAUUACUAAUCUUUUGCUUACUUAAGAAUUUGUAGUUUGGAAAAUAGAAGCAUGAAUGUGUAUAGUAUACCUUUUGAGUUGAUCAUUGAAAAUGAAAUGCACUUCUCUUUUAAUCAUAUUUUUUGUAUGCAUUAUGGUACACUCACGUGUGGAUAUGUGUACCUCGUCUUUGUUUUUGUCGUCAGAAUCCAAACGCAAAGUAUAAAAGUGCUUUUUCUUUUCUGCUUUAUUUAAGUUCAUGCAGUCAAUCAGUAGAAGCUUAAUAUAGUCAGGUAAAUAAUUGCAUGAAUAUCAUAUAUUUUUAUGCUUAUAGAUGAUUAUUAUUAUGAUAAAUGAAUAGAAAUUACGAAUAUAUACUUUUAACGCAGAACGAGAAUUCAUUAAAUGAAGAAAAUACAGAAAAUGAAAAUGAACAAAGCUUAAAAUGGUUUCCAGAUGGGGUGAGCGUCUUUCUCAUACUAAAGUCUAUCGACUAAAAUCAACCAAUAAAAAAAGAGUAACAUUAUUUCCAAAAGCGCAAAAUAAUCGAUGACAUCGUUCAAGGUUAGCAUUAUACACUUAGGUAGUGUGCUUUAAAAUAUAUCAGCUUUUUAUCAUAUAAUACGAUUAAAGAUAUGAUCAAUUUAAAUAAUCAUAUUUGAUUUUGCAUGAGAAAACAUACAGAUGAAUAUUUCGUCAUUUGAUUUAAAAUAAAAAUGAAAAAAAAGCAUAUUUGAUUUCUAGAUAGAAUAAAUUGAUUAGUCAUAUUUAUAAAAUAGUAUUACUUAUCUGAUUGUUCAUAUUGUGGGCUAAAGUGGAGCAUGCUUAUCGGUCAUCAACUAUUUCAAUGGCUAUUAGUACUAU